UUUGCGUUCGCUCGCAGUGACGGGCCCAGCGCGCACACGCAGUCUCGUACCGUCACGCUAAAAACGUAUUUCGGACGCGGUCGCGAUGAUCUCGUCUUGGCCGACCGUUCUCGCGGCAACCAUACCACUGCUGGUCGCCGCCGCGUACCUGGCGUACCGGUACAGCACGUACUAUUACGGGUACUGGGCCGAACGUGGCGUGCCGCACGCCGAACCGACAACGUUGCUGGGCCAUUUCGCCAGGCCCAUACUGGGCCGCGAGAACAGCGCAUUCACCGUAGACUCGCACUACCGGCGCUUCGGCGGCCACCGGUAUUUCGGCAUGUACCAGCUGCGACAUCCGAUACUGGUGCUCAGGGACCCGGAGCUCGCGCACGCUGUACUCACCAAAGAUUUCGCGUCGUUCCACGACCGGCUGACGAGCCGCACGUCGUUCAAACACGACCAGCUGUUCAGCAACGUGGUAAACCUGACCGGCGACCGAUGGAAGGCCGUCAGGGCCAAGUUGACGCCCACGUUCACCACUGCCCGGCUGAAGACCAUGUUUGCCGAUCUGUACGUAUGCACCGAUCGGCUCAUGAACAAACUGUCGCUACUGACAUCCGACGACCAAGGUGUUGUUAAUGUUACCGAUAUCAUAUCAAAAUUUACAAUUGAUACAAUUGGGCGAUGUGCUUUUGGAUUGGAUUGUAAUUCGUUAUUUGAUUCAAACUCAGAGUUUCAGCGAGCUGGAGAAGCGGUCUUUAGGCCCACGGUGAAAAUGUUGCUACACAAUUUCAUGAGAUUAAUUGAUAUUGGUUGGCUCAUAGACUUGCUUAGACUACGUAGUAUGCCUGAUUAUGUGUACGAAUUCUAUUUGAAUAUAUUUCAUGACACUUUGAAGCUACGCGAUACAGAGGUAGAAGAUCGUAACGAUUUCGUUUCCAUAUUAAUUAAACUGAGGAACAAGGAAAAAGAAAACAAUAACAAAGUUGAACUAUUUACUGAUGAAGUAUUAGCGUCAAAUGCUUUCAUUUUUUUUGCUGCUGGAUUUGAAACUACAGCCACAACAAUGAGUUAUUGUUUGUACGAGUUGGCCUUAAAUAAAGAUAUUCAAACCAAAUUGCGCGAACAAAUCAAACUGAUGAUGAACGAAAACGAUGGAAAACUCACUUACGAUGGGAUAAAAAAUAUAAAAUAUUUGGAUAUGAUAAUAAAUGAAACAUUAAGAAUGCAUCCACCCGUUGCGGUUACGAUACGUGUGUGCACUAAAAAGUAUAAACUACCAGAUAGUGAUUUAACUUUGGACGUUGGUACAAAAGUGUUUAUACCAUUAUACUCCUAUCAUAAUGAUCCCAAGUAUUAUCCUAACCCAAAGGUGUUCGACCCCUUACGGUUUACCGAGGAAAAUAAAGCUUCGAUUCCAAAUGGCGCGUACCUUCCAUUUGGUGAUGGACCUAGGAUUUGUAUCGGUAAGAGGUUUGCGAUAAUGGAAGCCAAAACAGGACUAGCAGAAAUAAUAUCGAGAUUCGAAGUACUGCCUAGUAAAGAUAUACAAAUACCAAUUCAGAUCAAUCCACAUGCUUUUGUACUCACACCGUCUAGUCCAAUUCGUUUAUUGUUAAAAAAAAUUAAUUAAUUUUUUUUCAUUUAAUGUAUA